AUGGUGGUGGAUAGCGAGUUGGCGCCAAAGUUCGCCCCCUUCUUCUCCUUUGCAGGGAUAGCUGCAGCUAUGAUCUUCGGAUCAAUGGGUGCAGCAUAUGGAACCGCUAAGUCCGGCAUUGGUAUCUCGGGUUCGUUGGUUCCGGUCGUUAUGUCUGGUAUUAUCGCGGUGUACGGCCUUGUCAUUGCAGUCCUCAUCGCACAGGACAUGCAACCACCUCCGCUACCAAGGAUGAGCUUAUAUACUGGGUUCAUGCACCUUGCAUCAGGACUGUCGGUUGGCCUCGCAGGCAUGGCUGCCGGAUACACUAUUGGAAUUGUUGGAGAUGCGGGUGUACGUGCGUACCUACAGCAAUCUCGGGUCUACGUCGGGAUGAUCCUUAUCCUCAUCUUCGGCGAAGUGCUUGGUCUCUACGGACUUAUUGUGGGCCUGAUCCUGAAUUCUAAGAGCCACCCUUAA